AAAAUGUUAUUUGAAUAUAUAGACCUAGACUUCUAGUAUAAUGAUUUUGUAAUAGUUAAAAAUGAUACUUUUCUUUUAAUAGAGAAGAAUAGUCUCAAUCAUCUAAUCAAUUAUUACACUUUAGUUUACACAUUACACACCAGUAAAAUACAGUAAAUUCCAAAGUCUUUUUGACACGGCUCUCCAAAAUAUUUGGACCUAAAGAUAUUAUCAGUUUAAGAUCGUGAUAAUAACGAAUAACUUAAAUAUUCUUCAGUAGAUUUGAGAUACUUUUAACCUAUCAUUUUCUGUAUAUAUAAGCGUAUAUAGCCGUGCCUUAGAUUUGUUUAUACACUUCCUCUCUUCUUUUCCACCAUAAACCAUGAAAAGCUCCAUGUUCCUCGUGGCAGCAGCUUUCCUCUGCCUCGUAAUUUUUCCGACCAUAACCUUAGGAAAAGACCUGAGAUUCUGGCCAAACCACAUCAAAGGAUGGCCACAUCCGUCGGAUACCUACAGAAACGUAAUGUUAACGAGCACUUCCCAUAAAUUUAACUAUGGAGAUUCCAAAGUCUGGAAAUGUACUUAUAGCAACGGAUCUGGUCCAGCCAUUUCCAUUUCUCCGUCAAUACCGUCAACACCAUCAACACCGUCACCGUCAACACCGUCAGCUUCGCCUCCUACUCCCAAAACGUCUCCUCCUCCGCCUCCAAUUCCCAAAAUAUCUCCAACCCCGUCAACACCAUCUCCUCCUCCACCUACACCAUCUCUUCCCCCUCCAACUCCCAAAAUAUCUCCAACCCCGUCAACACCAUCUCCUCCUCCACCUACACCAUCUCUUCCCCCCCCAACUCCCAAAAUAUCUACACUGCCGCCAACACCAUCUCCUCAGCCUUCAACUCCCAAAAUAUCUCUACCGCCGCCAACACCAUCUCUUCCGUCUCCAACUAUCAAAAUAUUUUCACCGUCGCCUACACCAUCUCCUGCGCCUCCAUCUCCCAAAAUAUCUCCAACACCAACACCAGCACCAACACCAUCUCUUCCGUCUCCAACUCUCAAAAUAUUUCCACCGUCGCCUACACCAUCUCCUGGGCCUCCAACACCCAAAAUAUCGCCCCCGCCAACACGAACAACUAGUACACCUUCGCCUCCAACACCCAAAAUGGCUUCCCUGCCACCUACACCAUCUCCUCUUCCAACUCCCAAAAUAUCUCCACCCCCACCAACACCGUCUCUUGCGACUCCAACUCCAAAGAAGUCUCCAUCUCCACCGCCACCAACACCAUCUCUUCCGCCUCCAACUCCCAAGAAGUCUCCAUCUCCUCCACCACCAAGCGGUGGUGAUGGCUCAUCGUCUCCUAGCGAGCCAUCAAAUCCACCUCCGGAACAUCAUCAUCAUCAUCACCAUCAGAGUCCAUUGGAACACUUUGGAAGUUGUGUGAGAAACAUGGGACCUGUUGGAGAAUGUCGUGGGCAGAUGGCGUUUAGUUUCUACACGAGGAUGUUUCAAGUCAGUGAUUAUUGUUGCAAUCUUGUCGUCAACAUGAAAAAUGAAUGCGAAGAUGCCAUUUGGGGAUAUUUCACCGAUCCCUACUUUGUUUCUCUAGUUCGUUUCACUUGUCACAUCAUGUACUAGUUUUUUUUUUUUCAUUUUGAUUAGGGUUUUUUUCUUUAAUGGUUUUGUCUUGUUUUGGUUCGUUUAGUCAUGCAAUAGUGUUGUCGUCUAUAUCCUAUGGACGCCUCUUUCGUUAUAAGUUUUAAUUAAUUAAUAUAUUGUAUGGCUUUCUUUCUCUUUUCUUCUUUUUCUUUUGUAUCCGCAACUGACAUGUUAAAAACCAAUAAAAUUCGAUCUCAUUCAACUACGUGAGAUCAAAUCUUCUUAAGAGAAAUAAUUUGU